AUGUCUGCAACCAAAACAGCCCCCAGCACGGGGAUAGACCUCUCAUCUAUUCCCGCUCUUGAUCCCGAAUCUCGCUCCUUCUCGUCCGAGGUGAGCGAUCCAUACAAUCUCGGCGGCCACAUCAAGAGCGAGACCGAUAUUGGCCUGCUUAGUGCGCGACCGAAGCAAAACAGCGCCCGCAAGAGAAUUCACCAUAAUUUCACCCGUACCGGCUCCAAAGAGGCAAAACUCCAGGACUUUUAUCGCACGCAAAACACAAAGAUCCGCUCUCUGCUCAAGUCAGUCGACGAGCACGAGCGCGAUGCUAAAGAGACCCAGGGCGACAACAACCUCAGGUACCAAAUCGCUGUCAAGGGUAGCUUGGGCGCCAAUGUUGUCCUCGCCGCCCUCCAGCUCUACGCCGCCAUCUCAUCAGGGUCGCUGUCGCUUUUUACAACAAUGGCUGACUCCAUCUUCGAUCCUGUUUCAGGGCUGAUGCUUAUGUUAUCUCACAGAGCUGUGAAGAAGGUCGACACGCGCAAAUACCCCUCUGGGAGAGCGCGUAUCUCAACAGCGGGUAACAUUGUCUUUUCCUUCAUCAUGGCGUCUCUUUCGCUGGUGCUGAUUGUCCUGUCUGCUCGGGACCUGGCGGCUGGCUCGGAGGAGGACACAAAUAAGUUUCACUUGCCUUCAGUAAUUGCCGUUGCUAUUGCCUUUGGUACCAAGUUCUGUCUCUGGCUAUACUGCUGGUCUAUCAAGCACAUCUACUCCCAGGUUGAGAUUCUGUGGCGCGACCAUCGCAACGACCUCUUCAUCAACGGCUUCGGUAUCUUGACAUUCUCCGCUGGAAGCAAGAUUAAGUGGUGGAUUGAUCCCAUGGGUGCUAUCAUCUUGUCUUUUCUCAUUGCUGGGUUGUGGCUGAGGACUGCUUACGAGGAGUUUCAGCUGCUCAUUGGCGUCUCGGCGGAGCCCGAGUUCCUCCAGCUCAUUACUUACAUUGCAAUGACGCAUUCUCCCGAGGUCAAGCAGAUCGACACUGUUCGCGCGUACCACAGCGGUCCGCGCUACAUUGUUGAGAUUGAUAUUGUUAUGGACCGCAACGAGAGGUUGGAGAUAGCUCACGAUGUUGCGGAAGAGCUGCAGAUCAAGGUUGAAAAGCUUCCUGGUGUUGAGAGGGCGUAUGUUCACAUCGACUACGAAACUAGCCACAAACCCGAGCAUAGCUUGAAGAAGGAUCUUUAA